AUGGAACCUAUUAAAGUCUACCUUCUCCAGCUGUUUACUCUUUUCUUAGCUGUUGCAGUCCUUAGUUCUGCUACGGCAUUAGAGUCGGCAGAAAGAUCUUCUUUUAUCAUCCACAUGGAUCAUUCGCUCAUGCCCCUGGUUUUUUCUAACCAGGAGCAAUGGUAUUUGAACGCCAUGAGCAAUCUCAAGUCAAUGAACCACCCCAAUCCACACCGUCACCAGAGCCAACCAAAACUUCUUUACACAUAUCGCCAUGCAAUUCACGGGUUCAGUGCGAUGUUAUCAACAAAUGAAUUGGAAUAUCUGAAGAAAUUGCCUGGUUUUUUGUCAGCCUAUAAGGACAAGGUUGGCACUCUUGAUACCACCUACACAUACAAAUUCCUUCAGCUAAAUCAUGCGGAUGGACUAUGGCCAGCUUCUGACUUUGGCAAUGAUGUAAUAGUAGGAGUUAUUGACACAGGAGUUUGGCCGGAGAGUCCCAGCUAUAGAGAUGGCGGAAUGCCAAAAGUUCCAUCUAGGUGGAAGGGGAGAUGCGCUGGGGGAGAUUCAGAAGACUUCAAUUCUUCCUUGUGCAACAAGAAGCUAAUUGGAGUCCGUUAUUUUUACCAAGGAAUCUUGGCAGCCAAUGGUGGGAACGGUGAACAAAACAAGUUCACAGCAAGAGACGGGAAGGGACAUGGCACACACAUCUCAUCAAUUAUUGCUGGAAACUAUGUCAAACAAGCUUCAUUUUUCGGAUAUGGCACAGGUACAGCAAGGGGGAUUGCGCCAAAAGCUAGAUUGGCGAUAUACAAGGUAUCUUGGGAGGAACAAGAUCCUUAUGAAUCUGAUGUUGUUGCUGGCAUUGAUCAAGCACUGGCUGAUGGGGUUGAUAUAAUCUCUCUGUCUUUAGGUUUCAGCGGUGCCAGUCUAUAUGAAGAUCCAGUUGCGAUUGCUUCCUUUAGUGCAAUGCAACAGAAUGUAUUCGUCUCAUGUUCAGCUGGGAAUGAUGGUGAAUUUGGCAUUGGAAGUUUACAUAAUGGAAUUCCAUGGAGCUUGACAGUAGCAGCAAGCUCCACAGAUCGUAGAUUCUGUGGAACUUUGUGUUUAGGGAAUGGGGUUAACCUUAAUGGUUGGACCCUUUUUCCAGCAAGAGCAGUCAUUAAAGACUCACCCCUAAUUUAUAACAAAUCCAUUUCAGCUUGCUUCCCUGUUGAGUUGCUUGACAAACUUUCUGGUGGAAUAGUCAUUUGCAAUGUGUCUAAAUUCAGCGCCUUCUUGGCUCAGAUGUCCUCCGUGUCCAAAUCCAGAGUAAAGGCUGCAAUAUUUGUCUCCUCAGAUCCUCAAAUAUUUGAAGAAGCUUCAUUUGAGUAUCCUGGGGUUGUGAUCAGCCCUUCUGAUGCAGCACAAGUCAUUAAGUAUGCAUUAACUAGUUAUCAACCAUCUGCUAGUAUCCAGUUCCAAAAGACUUGCUUGCACUCAAAGCGUGCCCCAGGCGUUGCUUCAUAUAGCUCACGAGGUCCAGCUCCUAGCUUUCCGCAAAUCCUGAAGCCAGAUUUGAUGGCGCCGGGAACACAAGUGCUAGCAGCCUGGAACCCAACUAAACCAGUGGCCAGCAUCGGUUUCAACAUCCAAUUGUCUAGUGAUUUCAAUCUCGCUUCUGGUACAUCCAUGGCUUGUCCUCACGUUUCUGGUGUUGCCGCACUUCUUAAAGGUGCACAUCCUGAAUGGAGUCCAGCAGCUAUUCGAUCUGCCAUGGUAACCACAGCAAACCCCCUUGACAACACUGGAAAUCCUAUCCAAGAUAUUGGCUUCAACAAUACAAUUGCCACCCCUUUAUCCAUGGGCGCAGGAGAAGUCAGUCCCAAUAGUGCACUCAAUCCGGGUCUCAUAUAUAACGCAACAACAGAAGAUUACAUAAACCUUCUGUGCUCAACAAAUUAUACUUGGAAACAAAUCAAAAUAAUCACAAGAUCCAACUACAGUUGCUCAAAUGCAUCUUCUGAUAUGAACUAUCCAUCAUUCAUUGCUCUGUACAACAAUACGACUAAGAAUGUCUUGAAGCAAAGAUUUCAAAGGACAGUCACAAAUGUUGGAAAUGGGGCAGCAAUCUACAAGGCUCAAGUGACAGCACCAAAGGGCUCAGCGGUGACUGUCUACCCAGAGAUAUUGGUGUUUGGGAAAAAAUAUGAGGAGAAGAGCUAUGUUCUGACAAUACAGUAUAAUGCUAAUCAAAAUAAGACAAUCACAUUUGGUUCAAUCGUUUGGGUAGAGGUUGAUGGCAAGCAUAUUGUGCGGAGCCCUAUAGCCGUUGCACCAAUGAUUGAAGUAUGUUGUGGUUAA